CGCAGCGGGGUUUCCGAGGCCCAGCAGGUGGGGAAGGCUUCUUCCCCCCCACGGUGACCGAGCAUGUCGCCCACCGCGGCGUUUUGUCUUCUCUCCACCCUGGGAGGGUAUUUGGUGACCUCGUUCUUGCUGCUUAAAUACCCGACCUUGUUACACCAGAGGAAGAAGCAGCGAUUCCUUUGCAAACACAUCUCUCACCGCGGAGGUGCUGGAGAAAACUUGGAGAAUACAAUGGCAGCCUUUAAGCAUGCAGUAACAAUUGGAACUGACAUGCUAGAACUGGAUUGCCAUAUCACAAAAGAUGAACAAGUUGUAGUGUCACAUGAUGAAAAUCUAAAGAGGUCAACUGGGGUCAAUGUAAACAUUCUGAAGUAUUGUGAGCUUCCACCUUACCUUGGCAAACUGGACGUCCCAUUUCAAAAAGCAUGCCAGUGUGAAGGAAAAGAUAACCGAAUUCCAUUACUGAAGGAGGUUUUUGAGGCCUUUCCAAACAUCCCCAUUAACAUCGAUAUCAAAGUCAACAACAAUGUGCUGAUUCAGAAGGUUUCAGAAUUGGUGAAACAGUAUAAACGAGAACACCUAACAGUGUGGGGUAAUGCCAGUUAUGAAAUUGUAGAAAAGUGCUACAAAGAGGUGUAUAUUUGGGUUUUAAAUGAAGAACAAGAGUACAAGAGAGCUUUCGAUUUGGGAGCAACUGGAGUGAUGACAGACUAUCCCACAAAGCUUAAGGAUUUUUUACACAACUUUUCAGCAUAA